AUGCCUGAAUUUGUCUCACCAAACGCCGAAGAGCAGCAGUAUCUGGACUUGAUCAAAGACAUCCUCACCCACGGUGAGGACCGCAGCGACCGCACCGGCACCGGCACGAUCGCCGACGACACCUUCCCUCUUCUAACAACCAAGCGCGUGUUCUGGCGCGGCGUAGUAGAAGAGCUCCUGUGGUUUAUCCGGGGCAGCACCGACGCACAAACGCUGAGCGCCCAGGGCGUGCACAUCUGGGACGGUAACGGCAGCCGAGAAUUCCUGGAUGCGCGUGGCUUAACCGACCGGCGCACCGGCGACCUGGGUCCGGUGUACGGCUACCAGUGGCGGCAUUUUGGCGCCGAAUACACUGACGCCGACGCCGACUACUCUGGUCAAGGUGAGAAUCCAACCGACCGACGGAUCAUUCUGAGCGCGUGGAAUCCCAAGGAUAUGGGCAAGAUGGCGUUGCCGCCGUGCCAUAUGUUUGCGCAGUUUUUUGUCUCCAAGCCGGGUUCCCCGGAUGCUGCGCUGUCCUGCCAGAUGUACCAGCGUUCAUGCGAUGUCGGCUUGGGCGUGCCGUUCAAUAUUGCCUCCUAUGCUUUGCUGACCCGGUUGAUUGCGCAGGUCACUGGACUGAAGCCCGGGUGGUUCGUGCAUUGCAUGGGCGACACGCAUAUUUACAAGAACCAUGUCAAGGCGUUGGAAACCCAGAUCGAGCGGGUGCCGAGGGAGUUCCCGAAGCUGAAGAUCAAGAGGACGCCAGAGCGGAUCGAAGACUUCACUAUCGAAGACUUGGAGCUGGUUGGCUACAAGCCCUACGGCAAGAUUCAGAUGGACAUGGCUGUUUAA